AUGGAACCCAACAGUCCCAAAAAGAUACAAUUUGCUGUGCCUUUAUUCCAGAGUCAGAUUGCACCCGAAGCAGCAGAGCAGCCGGGCCUUUGUCAUUCACAGAUCAGGAAAAGAAGACCUACACCAGCAUCGCUUGUGAUUCUCAAUGAACAUAAUCCCCCAGAAAUAGAUGACAAGAGGGUGACCAACACGCAAGCCGAAUCACAGAAUGCAUCCCCUAAGCAAAGGAAGCAGAGUGUGUACACACCACCUGCCAUGAAAGGGGUUAAGCAUCUGAAAGGCCAGAAUGAAUCAGCAUUUCCUGAAGAAGAAGAAGGCGUAAACGAAAGGGAGGAGCAUUGGGACCAUUAA